GGCCGCGCAGUCUGGGCGCAUGCAGGCUGCUAAGCCCAACCCUAGCUCACUGGCACCUGCUACUGCGCCUUUGCUUUCUCGCGCUCGCGGACCCUCCUGGAGCCCGCCACCAUCCUGCCCACUACGUGCUGCCUUGCGCCCGCAGCCAUGUGCCGCACCCUGGCCGCCUUCCCCAACACCUGCCUGGAGAGAGCCAAAGAGUUCAAGACACGUCUGGGGAUCUUUCUUCACAAAUCAGAUCUGGGCUCCAAUACUGGGAGUAUUGGCAAAUUCGAGUGGAGCAGUAAACAUGGCAAGGAGAAUAGAAACUUCUCAGAAGAUGUGCUGGGGUGGAGAGAGUCGUUCGACCUGUUGCUGAGCAGCAAAAAUGGAGUGGCUGCUUUCCACGCUUUCCUGAAGACGGAGUUCAGUGAAGAGAACCUGGAGUUCUGGCUAGCCUGUGAGGAGUUUAAGAAGAUCCGAUCAGCUACCAAACUGGCCUCCAGGGCACACCGGAUCUUCGAGGAGUUCAUUUGCAGCGAGGCCCCUAAAGAGGUCAACAUUGACCAUGAGACCCGCGAGCUGACGAGAAUGAACCUACAGGCCGCCACGGCCACAUGCUUCGACACGGCUCAGGGGAAGACACGUACCCUGAUGGAGAAGGACUCCUAUCCACGCUUCCUGAAGUCGCCCGCUUACCGGGACCUGGCUGCCCAAGCCUCAGCCGCCUCUGCCCCUCUGUCUAGCUGCAGCCUGGCCGAGCCCUCACACACCUGAAUCUCCAUGGCAGUGAGGAAGCCAGCCAGGAAGAGAGGUUGAGUCACCCAUCCCUGAGGUGGCUGCCCCUGUGUGGGAGGCAGGUUCUGCAAAGCAAGUGCAAGAGGACA